UUCUGGUCGGCAAGAUGGUGGCGCGCAGGAGGAAGCGUGCGGCGCGGGCCUCCGAGGAGGCGAUCCCGAGCCCGCCGGGCUACUCAGCCGUUCCAGUCAAGUUCUCUGAGAAGCAGCAGGCCUGUCAUCACCUCUACGUGAGAGAGCACAGAGUCCGAGAAGGCACCAAGUCUGCGUGGCCUCCGAAGCGGACCCUUUUUGUUCUCAAUGUGCCCCCCUACUGCACUGAGGAGGGCCUGUCCCGCCUGCUCUCCCCUUGUGGCCACAUCCAGUCCCUGGAGUUGCAGGAGAAGCCUGUCCUUGCCGAGGGCCCAGAGGAGCCAAAGUCGACAUUUUUCCACCCAAAGCCUGUUCCGGGGUUCCGGGUAGCCUACGUGGUGUUCCAGAAGGCCGGUGGAGUGAUGGCUGCUUUGGCCCUGAAGGGCCCUUUGCUGGUCUCGACAGAGAGUCACCCUGUGAAGACUGGUGUUCACAAGUGGAUCAGUGACUAUGCAGACUCGGUGCUGGACCCCGAGGCCCUGAGGGUUGAAGUGGACACGUUCAUGGAGGCAUAUGACAAGAAGGUGGCUGAGGAGGAGACUAAGGCCAAGGAGGAGGAGGGCGUCCCUGAUGAGGAGGGCUGGGUGAAGGUGACCCGCCGCGGCCGGCGGCCCGUGCUGCCCCGGACAGAGGCGGCCAGCCUGCGGGUGCUGGAGAGGGAGAAGAGGAAGCGCGCCCGCAAGGAGCUGCUCAACUUCUAUGCCUGGCAGCACCGCGAGACCAAGAUGGAGCAUCUUGCACAAUUGCGCAAGAAGUUCGAGGAGGACAAGCAGAGGAUUGAACUGAUGCGGGCCCAGCGCAAAUUCCGGCCCUACUGAGCUGUCCUGCCUGUGGCCCCAGGGAGAGGGGAGGGAACAAGUAGGGGAGCCAGGCCAGUGGGCAGACGAGGCCCGGCAGAGCCUGAGCUGCUCGCCCCUGGGCAGGUGUGCCCUGGCGAGUGGACACCGUGCUGAGGGCCCCCGGGCUGAACAGCCCCGUCUCUGAGGCCACAUGGGCUGGGGGCAAAGGACACUGUCACCCUUGGUUUUUGUGCUUCGGGCACAAGGGGCCCAGUGCUGGCAGGGCCUCCCUAGGGUGCGGAGGUGGCCCUCAGGAAGCCUCCUGCCCAGGAAGCGGCUCCUUCCCUUGCCUGGCCUCAUUCUCAGCUUGUCUGGAGCCUCUCCUCGCACGGGGAUCGGUCAGAGGGAAACUGGAAGUAUCUGUGAUAUUCUCCCCUUUCCCUCAAUGGAAGAGCCUGGCUGGCAGUGAAACAGCCUCAGAAGCAGUACGUUCUAUUUUUCAACUGACUACCGAAGUCCCUGGGCUGUAGCCCUCCUGUGCCAGCACUGCCAGCUCACAUCAGAUUAUCAGCCACAGAACAAGCAACUCCCACAUCCAGGCACUGCCUGCCCCGUGAAGUCACCCAGAAUCUCAGCCACCUCCUGCGACUGCCGGAUCCUCUGCCUGUCCUGGGCACCUGGCUUUGCUGCAGGCUUGCGAGUUAGGAGCCCGGACUCUCCUGGCUCUGUAAGAAGGCGCUGAUGAUAGGGGCCACGUGGUGGGCCUUGUUCAUGUGGAUGUAGUGAUUGCCGGGGACUUCCACAAACUGGUACUGCUGGAGAGGGGGGGCAGCAUGGGGAGUGGGCCUCAGGGAGGGCACUGUCCCCUCCCCAGCCUAGGGGAGUAUCCCGAGCCCCCACAGAGAACACCAUGUCCUCCCAGGGCCAGCCACCUCCCAGUGGUUCACAAGCACCCCCCAGGCCGAGCUUUGGGGCAGCGGCUGACAUGCUUUUCCCCACAUGCCUGGCUUGUCCUCCAGUCAGGCCCCAUCUCUGAGCCAGUGACAAAGGCCCAACUAGGACGACUGUUCCCAAACGCAGGCCUCUAGGCAAGGCCUCAGCAGGGGUUCUGGGCCUUUCUGGGCUGAAGGCUGUAAAGUGAGGCUGGGUGGGGUUGGAGAAUAUGGUGCCAGCCUAGCCUCAACAUGGGAGGGGUCAGCAGUCUGGGCUCCUAAUUCUGAUUGUCGAUAUCAGGCCCCCUUGAAAGGAGUACAGGGUGGGACCUCAGGCCUCGGGAGGGCAAGCCGGCUUGCCAGCCUGCUGCUGCCUGGGGGAGAACUCCACCUGGCUUGGCUCCCAUCUGUCCCCCUACCACAAACAGGCUCCCUCUUAAGCUCUCUGGGUUUGGUGUGGGGUAGUAGCAAGAUGUCUGCAUGGAAGUGUUGGGUUUAUGGUUAGAUGAUCCUAAAAGGGUAGCCAGGGCCCCCAGCCCCCACACCCCCAUGGUACUGGUUACCUACAGGGAUCGUGAGGCAGCAGGGGGAUCAGCUAUGAGGGACCACCUCUGGCUGGGUUAGUGUUGGCUCUGGGGUCUAUGUAUCACAGGGAGAUUCCAUUCCCUGUGAUCUGGUUUACAUGUGACCCAGGGGCAACAGGGCCUGACCCAGGGGGGGAGGUAAAGCUUGGUAGCUCCUGGGGUCUCUUGAUCCCAUACCAGGUCAGUGUUGAACCUGGGGCCAGGCCAGGGGUCCCGGUGCAGGAAAGAAGAUGGGUGGGGGGCACCCUGAUGCCAUCUCCUGUACCCCUGCCCCCAGUGCACUUACCUCUUUUAGGACAGAUUUCAACACGCCAAUUAGAAAAAGCA